AUGGGGAAUAAAUCACGGCUCUUUGGAUUAUCUUGCAUCCUUCUUGCUUAUUAUACUUAUAUACCCAUACCAGAAAACAUUGAAGAACCCUGGAAAAUGAGACUCAUAGAUAUUUUUAUGAAAAUAGCAACGCUUACGGUAGUUCUUUUGCUUCCUGUACUCAAAGUUGUGCACUCUCGUUCCAAAAAAAAAGUUUAUAUUUGGUUUACAUUCAUCAGUGUUAAGUGUGUUAACAGUUACCUAAAUGGUGAUGAUGAUUUCAAUACAGGUUUAUUCUACUGUGGGAGCCCAUCUGAGAAGCUCACUGGCAAGCUGCACUGCAUCUUCAUGGGCAGAGACUACAGACUUGCUCCUCAGUAUUUAUUCCCAGCUGCCCUUGAAGAUUGUAUUUUUGCGAUCAAGUUCUUUCUCCAGGAUAAAGUUCUUGAAAAAUAUGGAGUGGAUCCUGCUCGCAUCUGUAUUUCAGGAGACAGCUCUGGGGGUGCCUUGGUAGGAUCAGUGACUCAACUGCUACAGGAUGAUCCAGAAUACAGAAACAAAAUUAAAACACAAGCCAUGAUAUACCCUAAGCUACAGAUAAUUGAUACGUGGAUGCCAUCUUAUCGAGAGUAUAAAGAUGGUCCCUUUUUGUCAAGAAAGUUAGCAAUUAAGGUGUCAAUCCGAUAUAUAACAGAAGAUGAAGAACUGCCAGAAGCAAUACUGAGAAAUGAGUACAUGCCUGAAGGAUCAAGAGACUUGUUCAAGUUUGUGAACUGGAGUCACUUCCUUCCUGAGAAGUAUAAGAAGAACCAUGUUUAUAGAGAGCCCAUUCUUGGGACGCUGAAUGCUUCCUAUCCAGUACUUCUGGAUAGUAGACUGUCACCUUUGUUAGUCAAUGACUCCCAGUUACAAAAGUUGCCAUUAACUUAUAUCAUCACAUGUGAGCAUGACAUUCUAAGAGAUGAUGGACUUAUUUAUGUCACCCGACUCAGAAAUGCAGGAGUUCCAGUUACACAUGAACACAUAGAGGAUGCAAUCCAUGGAGCCAUAUCAUUUGUCACAGCACCAAUGUAUUUACAUUCAGGCUUGAGAAUACUAGAUAAGUAUAUAAGUUGGCUACAAGAAAAUCUAUAA